GACUGAAACCCCAAGCGACACGUACUGUAAAGUUGCAUACUGAAAAUACUCACAGAUGUUCUUCCUUUGUUCUUUCAGAUAUAGCCAACAAUGCCUGAUAUCUUUGCCAAUGUCGCUGUAGGAAUAAUAAAAGGACUGGUCUAUGCAUAUGAUUUUGUGACAUGGCCCAUUUAUUUCCUGGUGUUCAGUCCUGUCUAUAAAUUGAGUAAAUCCAACAGAAUUAAGAACUUACCAAUAAAUCCAUCAGUACCAGAAGACCUAGAAAGCAUUGAAUUUAAAAAGAGAUGCUCCAGAUAUGCAUCUUCACUGAAACAACUGACCAGAGAUGAGAUUGACCAAGUGGAAAAGGAGACAAGAGGGCAGGCAGACAACGAGAAUUGGUUCAAACAUCGCAAAGGCAGGAUAACAGCUUCCCUAGCUGGUGCCAUCUACAAACAGCGGGACUGCACUCCACCAGAUGGUAUAUUAAAGCAGAUAUUCCAGUAUCAGCCAAGACUGAACUUAAAAGCUCUGGAACAUGGGAAAAAGUAUGAAACUGUCGCAGUGGACAUGUAUAAAAUAGUUAUGUCUUCAUGUGGAAAUGUUGUAGAUGUGUUACCAAGUGGAGUGACGAUUGACUUUAACAAUCAAUUCAUUGCUGCAAGUGUUGACGGUGUUGUUAAAUCACAUGCAGAUUCACAUCAGGCUGGUAACCUAGAAAUUAAAUGUCCUUAUGUUGAGCAGAAUGUAACCUUAGAAGAGUUGGCCAUUGAAAGAAAAUCUUUUUAUUUGUCUGCUAAAUCUGAUUGUCAGUCAAGUUAUGAUCAGUACUUAGAAAGCCCAAAGAUGUAUUCAUUUAGGUGUGAAGAUAUGGUAUAUGUGAACACUCUUGAUUGUAAUCUCAAUAUAAACACUGCUCACAACUAUUACAUACAGAUUCAAGUUCAAAUGGGUGUGACAGACAGGCAGUGGUGUGAUUUUGUGGUCUUUCUGGUUGAUCAAACCAGACUUCCCAAUGUUGCUGGACAAUUAUUUAUUCAAAGGGUAUUGUUUGACCGAUGUUUUUAUCAAAAUGAACUUGUACCCAAGUUUCACAAAUUUUAUCUGACAGGCAUUGUCCCUGAGCUUCUUACCCAAAGAGUGAAAAAUGGGAGAAAGCUCUAUCCAAACUCAAGCAAAUACAAAUACAAGUAGUAAAAAUAACAUGAGAUUAAGAAAACACAAGAAAUGAAACAGACAUCUUAUCUUAGAAGUAAAUAGUCUGUGGAUUUGUUUAUUAACAACAGAUACAUACUUUUUAAAUAAAUGCUCUAACAGCACUAUACUGUUGCUGGGGUGAUACUCUUAUGUCAAGCCCUGGAGGUGCUAUUGUUAUAUAUAUCUGUAUUAUUAUACACUGCUGGUGAUAUAUGAUUGCAUAAGAAGCAUUUAUUACUGUUUUCACUUUGAGUAUAAAUAAAAAAAUUGGUAAACUA